AUGGGUCGCGAACUCCAGAAGAAGAAGCGCCGCUCCGGCCGCGCGCCCGUCCGCCAAUCAAACACCACCAAAAAGAUUCUCAAUCCCCGCGGCAACUCUGUCAUUGCGAAAAACUGGGACAAGAAGGAAACGCUGGCGCAAAACUAUCGCCGCCUGGGCCUCCUCGCACGACUAAAAACUCCCACCGGCGGCACUGAGAAGAAACUCGCCUCCGCAUCAUCAUCAGACGCCGCCCCCAAAACCUCAAGAUCCGACCCCUUUGCCAUCGCAGCCGCCGAAAAGGGCGUCCUCUCAGAGGCGAAAGUCGAGCGCGACGCUCAAGGCAACAUUAUCCGCGUGCUGGGCCGCAAGGCGAACCCCCUCAACGACCCCCUCAACGAGAUUGAUUCGUCCGGCGAGGAAGACAACGGCGACGACCACGAAGAAUGGGGCGGCAUCAAUGACGAUGGCGUCGGCACCACGGAUGUAGUCAAGUCGCUCAUUGAGGAGGCGAAGAACCCGGCGCCGCCCAAAGUCAGAUACCUGAGCGAGCGCGAGACGGAGUGGCUGGAGAAAUUGGUGGCCAAGUAUGGAGACGACACGAGGGCCAUGGCGAGGGAUCCUAAGCUCAACCCCAUGCAGCAGACGGCAGCGGAUAUCGCGAAGCGGCUGAAGAAGCUAAAGGCAUCGGCAUAA